UCUGUGAUCGGCUCGUUAGGCCUCGUUUCCCCACACAGCACAUGGUUACCGGAUUCUCCAGCACCAUCCUCAUGACUACACAUUAAAUAUUUACUGAUUUCACAAAAUAGGACGUUACAAAUUACUUCACAGCGACAAUGUCUCAGGUGCAGGCGAGGUUUUUCACUCACAAUAAAAAAUAUGCUGUAGAUGAUGUGCCUUUCUCCAUCCCGGCUUCCUCCGAGGUCACACACCUGAGUGACGUGAUCAACAAACUGCUGGAGGCCAGGAACGCGGAUCACAAACAUGUGGAGUUCGACUUCCUGGUUCAAAGUCAGUUCCUGCGAUGUACGUUGGCUGCUCACAUGGAGGCGGAGAACAUCUCGACGGAAGAUGUGUUGGAGAUCGAGUACGUGGAGAAGUUCACUGCUCCACAGCCGGAGGAGUGCAUCAUGCAUGACGAUUGGAUCAGCUCAGUGGAGGCAGACUCAGAAUGGAUCCUCACAGGAUCGUACGAUAAGACAGCACGGAUCUGGUCUCUCGAAGGGAAGGCGAUGAUGACCGUCGCCGGACACACGGACGUAGUGAAGGACGUGGCCUGGAUCAAAAGAGAGGGCCUGACCUCGCUGCUGCUCACCGCCUCACUGGACCAAACGGUGCUGCUGUGGGAGUGGAACUCGGAGAGGAACAAACUGAAGGCUCGUCACUGCUGUCGUGGACAUGCUGGGAGCGUGGACACCGUCGCCGUCGACCCCACAUGCACCAAGUUUUGCAGCGGUUCAUGGGACAAAAUGUUAAAGCUCUGGUCAGCAGUUCCAACCGAAGAGGAGGACGAGGUGGAGGAACCCAACAGGCCACGCAAAAAGCAGAAGACUGAGCAGCUGGGUCUGACCAAGACUCCUUUGAUGACUCUCUCCGGCCAUACAGAGGCCGUCUCCAGUGUCCUGUGGACGGACGCCGAGGAGCUGUGCAGUGCAUCAUGGGACCACACCAUUCGUCUUUGGGACGCUGAGACGGGAGGGCAGAAAAGCACGCUGACGGGCAGUAAGGUGUUUAACUGCGUCUCGUACUCGCCGAUGUGUCGCCGUCUGGCCUCAGGGAGCACCGACCGGCAUGUCCGUCUGUGGGACCCGCGCUCUAAAGAUGGGUCUCUUGUCCUCCUGUCUCUGACGUCACACACUGGUUGGGUAACAGCAGUCAGAUGGUCUCCUUCCCACGAGCAGCAGCUCAUCUCCGGCUCACUGGACAACCUGGUCAAACUCUGGGACACAAGGAGCUUUAAAACUCCUUUGUAUGAUCUGGCGGCUCACGAGGACAAGGUGCUGUGUGCCGAUUGGACAGACAGCGGGCUGAUUCUAAGCGGAGGCGCAGACAACAAGCUGUACACGUACAGGUACUCGGGGUGUAUGACGGACGCCGGGGCAUGAGGUUCGCACCCACAUACCCCACAUCCCACCCCAGGACGUGGAUCCCUGCAGCCGAGUCCAGCUGUGUCCAUCUGUGUCCAUCUGUGUCCAUCUGUGUCCUACAGCUCCGGAGUACAAAAAAACCCAGGAGAGACUCACAUCAUCUCAGCUGGACUUAAUAAACCUCACGGUUUUAUCGCUCCUGGUUUCUUUUUUUUUUCUUUUUUAAUAUCCACAGCUAUGUUCUUUUUCACCUCGAACCGUUUGUCCGUUCUUCAUUUGUCUCUCUGUCCUGUGAGUUUUAUUGAGGAGUUUCAAUUCAAAGUCAUUUACAGGAAAAAGUUAUUUUGCUUUCAACUGUUAAAACAUCAUGUUCUUCAUCACAUUAUUCCUGACAGACUACCAGUUAUAUAUUUGCGAUGGAUACCUUUCUGAGCAAAAGUUUGCGAAAUGUAAAGAUCUAUGUCAAGAUGGUAACAAAUAAAAGCGAUUUCAAAUGUCUAAAACGUUUUACAUGAAUGAAUGUUCAGUAAUAACUCGUAACUGCACACAUUAAAUGCUUUCAUUUCUUACGUGUCCUCAAAGCAGGAUGAAUGUUUUAAAACCUGUUGAUCAAUGAAUUUGUUUUGUUUAGCGUUUGUGUUGGAUGCUUUGUUUGAAACUAUUUUGUCAGUCAAAAUAAAAAUUGGUCAAAGCAUCAGUUAGGGCUUUUGGCCUUAUUUGUACAUUUAAUGAUCCGCUGUGGCGACCCCUAACGGUAGCAGCCGGAAGAAAAAUAGGCCCUAUUUGUACAUUUAUGGACAAUAAAGUUAAUCAAAUAAUGACUUUUAUAGACUCUGGUUUAGUUCUAUUUAAUUCUUUUCUAAUAUUUAAUCUAAUAAAGACUUUUUGAAAUUUA